AGUGGGUGGUGCAGGUAAAUCAGGGAUAGUAUCUGAGCUUUUAUCAAGUGAAUUAUAUGUCAAAUCAAAAAAACAAAAAUCAGGUUCUAAUUGGUGGAAUGGAUAUAACAAAUAUAAGAUAGUUCUUUUUGAUGAGUGGUAUACAUGUAUUGAUUGGAAUGAUAUUGUUAAAUAUCUCAACAAUACUCCAGAAGAUGUUGAGCAAAAACACAAAGGAUUUAUUCUGUUUCUAGCUAAAUAUGUAUUUAUGACAUCUUAUAAGCCUCCGGAGAAAGCUUUUAAUUUUCACCAUAAUCAUAUUAAUGAUGAAUCAUUUACUCAACGAGAUUGGGAUCAGUUUUAUCAUUAUCUUGAUUUUAUAAUUGAGUUUACAGGGAAGUGGAAUGAUGAUAUAGACCAAUGCACUACCAAGCUCAUAUUUCACAAGGAUUCGAAGGGAGAUUUUCACAACAUGAAUUGGGAUGUUAAAUAUUGUAAGGGUAAAUUUACUGUUGAUAAGCUAAAAACUAUAGUUCAAGGUUUAAAUCAAGAGCAAGAUGGUGAG